AUGGGAGCGAACACCCAAAUUGUCGCCCCUGCAGAGGCGAAGCAGAUCGAGGGAAUGAUCGAGGGCGAUUUCGACUGCUUCGCCAGUGCGAACAUUAAGGAUGGCAGUGAUAUAGUCAAAGCGAGCUUGCAUAUAAGGGCGAGUGCUCUGGAAAAACCAGAAAAGGCCCACGACGUUGUCGAAAGGGUUCCCGUCCGUGUCCGCGCCAGGGUUGGCCCGCAGCUUUGCCUCUUCCUCUGCCAUCCUGUCUCUUGUUUGUUUGAUUGGGAUGCAUUGGACCUUGUGUCUGCGUCGGUCGGUUUUCUGGUGCGCCUGUCCGCAAUACUUGACGGCAUGGCAUCCACCACAGCGAAGGAGGCUGGAGCUUUGA